UGACUCCAGCACCACCUCUCUGUCUGCAUUUCUCGCCCACUCUGCCUCUCUUGUUGUCCUGUCUUUCUCAGCUCAUCCCCUGGCUGUAUUACAUUCUCUCUGCUGGUUUCCUACAGCCUCUCCCCUCCAGCUCUCCCUCCUCUCUCUCUCUCUAGCGCUCUUUUUCUGCUGGUACAGAGGAAUGCAUUAUGUGGCAGAGUGUAGCUCUUUGGUUGUUGGUACUCGCAGAUGUUCUUCGAGUGUCGAUGCAGGGCCCUCACCAGCGUUUUCUGCUCAGAGAGCUGCUGAGGGAUUACAACCCGAUGGAGAGGCCGGUGGCCAACGACUCUCAGCCUCUCACUGUUCACUUCUCCUUUACUCUCAUGCAGGUUAUGGAUGUGGAUGAAAAGAACCAGAUCCUCACGACAAAUGCCUGGUUGCAGAUGCAGUGGUAUGACCACUACCUCCAGUGGAACCAAACAGAGUAUCCUGGAGUGAAGAAUCUCCGUUUCACUCCUGAUCAGGUUUGGACCCCUGAUAUUCUGCUUUACAACAGUGCUCAUGACAAAUUUGAUGCCACUUUCAAGACGAAUGUACUGGUUAACUCCAGCGGCUUCUGUGAAUAUCUGCCUCCAGGAAUAUUUGUUAGCACAUGCAGUGUGGAUGUGCGUUGGUUUCCAUUUGACAUCCAGCGCUGUGAGCUGAAGUUUGGCUCAUGGACAUUUGACGGCUGGCUGUUGGACCUCCAGAUGAAGGAGGCGGAUGUGUCCGGAUACAUGCCCAAUGGAGAAUGGGACCUCCUGGGGGUUCCUGGAGAUCGUCACGAGGUUUUCUAUGACUGCUGUGCAGAGCCGUACCCUGAUGUUACCUUUGUUGUGACCUUACGAAGGAGGACCCUUUUCUAUGCGCUCAACCUCCUUAUCCCCUGUGUGCUCCUUUCCUCCAUGACCCUCCUGGUCUUCUUGCUGCCUGCCAACUCCGGGGAGAAGAUCAGCCUGGGCAUCACGGUUCUCCUCUCGCUGACUGUCUUCAUGUUGAUGGUUGCAGAGAUAAUGCCUACCACUUCAGAUUCUGUUCCACUCAUAGGUCAGUACUUUGCAAGCACCAUGGUGAUUGUAGGGAUGUCAGUCGUAGCAACAGUUACUGUCCUUCAGUUCCAUCACCACAACCCCAAUAGUGGGCACAUGCCACGCUGGGUGCACUUGGUUCUUCUGCAGUGGGUUCCUUGGUUCCUGCGGAUGAAGCGUCCUGGAGAGGGCUCAGAUUGUAGUCUUUCCCAAAACCAGACAGAGUCUCAAAGCAAAUCCCUCUCCUCUCCAACCACCACUGUCACUACCAGAACCAUCCUGACCCCAGUGCCCUCCAUCCUCCCCCAGAGCCUCACCUCCAUGCGGACCACUCUGUCCCAACUCAGCAAUCCUCUGUUACACCCGCAAGCUCAUCAGUCAAACUCCCAGACUGUUUUCCUCCCCAAACCCAGCCAUGGAGACUCCAGCUCCAAUCCACACCCUCAGUCCAACGGUCAUCUGCCUUAUAUGUGCUUCCAGACUGCUGCAGAACUGGAACCAGUCCAGUGGAGGAGAACCAUCAGCUACGGGAGGGGAAACGGUGGAGUAGGUGUAGAUGUGGGAGACAUAGAGGAAGAAGAAGCAGGAGAUACUCCUAUCCAUCUUCACCUCCCACCCAACAAGUUUGGGAGCCCCUCAGAAGAGGCUCCCCUCUCCACAGAUCGUGACCCUUCAACCACAUCCUCUCCUCCCUUCGCUUUAGAAGACGACACUGGAGGUGGGAGAGCGGCUGCCGUGAACGCCCGCAGCAGUGCACCUCCACCCACAGCUGCAGACAGCCAGCUGCAGGCUUUACUGUCAGAGGUGCAGUUUUUAGUGGAACGUGUACGCGAGCAGGACCGCCAACUGAGCAUGGCUGAGCAGUGGCAGUUUGCCGCCACUGUCAUCGACCGCCUCUGUCUGGUUGGAUUCAGUGUUUUCAACAUCAUCUGUACCAUCGCCAUCCUCAUGGCUGCACCCAAUUUUGGAGAAGCGCUGUCAAAAGAUUUUCUCUGAAAGGGCAAAGGUGACACUGUUCAAAACAACGCCGAGAACAAUUUGCUGAAAGCACAAUUGUCUUGACUGACACUGGGACAUAAAACGAGCCGGAGUGACCAGUGGAAUAUAUUGAAAUGUUUUCUUGAACGCGACAGUGCAGAUGUACAUGACGUGAAUAUGCACCUUCAGACUCACUCAUUCUUCUUUUUAUUCUUUCAUUGAUAUUCAGGUGAUGACUUGAGGGACAAUCUGACAAAACAAGUGUUUUUUUUUUAUUUUUUUUAAACAGUUGUGGGAAUGAUAGCAUGAUAGGGAAAAUAAUUCAUUACCAGAUUUAAUGUCAGCAUAAAGGGAAGCAAAAACAAUUUGAUUUCUUUGCCAUCCAAAGAUGCAACAUGAAGAUGCUCAGUAGAAAACAAACACACACUAGC